AAAAAUUCUCGCACAGGGUUUUGCUUGGAAUGGAUAAUUUUCCUGAAAUCUGAGCUACGAAUUUAGCAGACCAGCUGAAGGGAAACAGCUGUUCAUUUAUCACCUUUCGUGAAAUAUUAUACUUUUAAUGUUUAAGUUAUUAUUAUAGUUUGCAUAUGUGCAUCCCAACAAUACUCGUGAAUUAACUAUUGUUACAAAACACCUAAGUUAUAAUGGUGUAAGUAAAUAGAGGUUGUAAAUAAAUAAAUAGAUUGCGAGAUGGAGUACUCGCCAGAGAACUUGGAGUACGCGGUGUCGGUGUUUUACAAUGGCGAGCAGGCCGACCGGGCGAAGGCUCACGCCUGGCUGACCGACGCUCAGCGCGUUCCUGAAGCCUGGAAAUUUGUCUGGGAACUGCUACAACCCAACAAGGGCACGGAGAUCCAGUUCUACGCGGCCACGACAUUGCACACCAAGAUACUCCGCUGCUGGAACGAGGUGCCUCCGGAGAGCCAUGACGAACUGAAGGAGAAGCUGCUACAAGCUGUCUAUACAUAUAGCAAAGGCCCAAAAAUAGUUACCAACAGAUUAUGUAUAAGUCUUGCUGCAUUUAUACUACAACAGGGCACAAGUGACUUGGCAGCAAUAUUGCGACCACUGUCAGCCGCUGAAAACACUACAUUACUAUUAGAAGUGCUGACUGUUAUACCGGAAGAGUAUAACAGCAUGACGAUGGGCACUGCGCUCCGGGCCAAGAAUAGGAGCGCGCUGACACAGGCUUGUCCUGCAGUGCUAGAUGACUUGCUGCGGUACCUGCAAUCUGUAUACAACGAAUACUCCAGCCCGCCGCCGGACUCCGAAGUACAACUGUGGCUGUCAGCGGCGACCUGCGCCGCCAGCUGGCUCGCCUUGAACGAAGAGGGCGACAACGGGCCGCUGCCCGACCGCCUGCCGCUGUGCGGCGCGCUGCUCGCCGCCGUGCGGCUGCUGUACACAUGGAAUGAAGCCGUCAGCGACGUGGCUCUCGACGUGUGUGAGGCGUGCCUCGGCGCGGUCCGAGCCGCCGCCGGACAAGACUCCACGCGGCAACCCGCGGCGGCGCUACAACUCAUCGAGCAACUAGUCGCCACAGCGGCCCCCGUGUUCCAGCGCGACAACCGGCCCGACUCCAUCAACGAGGAGUUACUCUCGGCACUGAUCACAUGCCUCGUGGGCGUGGGCGAGGCUCACUCGGGCGCCGUGGUGCGCGCCGUGGAGGCGGCCGCGGGAGCCCCGGCGAGGCAGCUGCUGGAGCUGCUGCUGUGCGCGCAGGCCGCCCCGGGACACUACCCGCGGCACGAGGCACGCUCCAACCUCGUGUUCGGCUUCUGGUACACGCUGCAGGACGAGAUCCUCAACGUGAUGGAGACGACGAGCAGAAUAACGCCGGUGUGGCGCGACGUGUUCUCGCGCCUCCUGACCAUCCUGGUGGCCAAGUCCGAGGCGCCUCCGGACUCGGCGCUGUCGCGGGACGACCAGGAGCUGCUGCGGUGCUACAGGCAGGACAUAGCCGACACUGUGAUGUACUGCGUCGGCAUCCUCGGCGACUGGUGCUGGACGACGGUGGAGGCGGCGUGGGACGCGGCCGACACCCCCCUCAGAAAAGAGGCCGCUCUCCACGUGUUCCUGGCGCUCGCCGACAGCGCGCCGCACCGGCGGGCGCCCGACCCCGUGCACCACAUGCUGGGGCACGCCGUGGAGGCCGCCAGGACAGACAGCGGCAGGAUGCUGGACACCGCGCUGGACUGCCUGGGCAGCUACGCGGGCUGGGUGGCGGCGCUGCCGGGCCCGGGCGGGGCGGCGCUGGGGCGGGCGUGCGUGGCGGCGGCGGGGGCGGCGCUGCCGCGCGCGGGCCCGGCGGCCGCGCUGGCGCUGCGCAAGCUGUGCGCCGACUGCGCCGAGCCCGCCGCCGCGCUCGCCGCCGACAUCGUGCAGGCCGCGCAGAGCGAGCAAGCACGAUCGGAAGCGUGGGUGCGGCGACAGCUGCUGAGCGCGGCGGGCUCGGCGCUGGCCGCCGCCGACCUCGAGGUGGCGACACCGCUCCUGCACGAGCUGGCGACGUCGCUCGCCGCGGACCUGCGCCGGCAGGCGGAGGACCCAACGCGUGCGUCGGGCGCCGCAGAAUGUGCCGCGGCGCUGCUGGCGGCGCUACCGGCGCAGCCCGCGCUAUGUCUAUCGCUGUGUCAGACACUCCUGCCCAAUCUGACAGCCUUCGCGUGUCCGCAACUUGUAGAGCCAAUGUUCCACAUCCUAAAGCAAACGGUGUCGUCUCUAAUGGACGACUGCCGGCCGCUAGUGGACGCUAUAGGACAGCUCACAGCCGCCGGAUUUCGCGCUCGACCCACCGCCGCCGGGCUGGACGUCGUCAAACUGUUGGUGAUAAUAUUCGGCAACGAGUGCGCGUCCAUGCCGGCGCUCCUCCACGCUUGCGUCGCGCUGAGCGCCGGCAGCGUGGCGCCCGAGCCCGCCGCCGCGCCCGACCUCGCCGAGGCGCUGUUUGCCGUGCUGCGCCAGCUCACCAAGAAGAAACCGGCGUAUAUCGACUGGAUAGACGAUCUGCUGUCGGAACUGGUCGAACUAGGUGCUGAAUGCGUGCGCAUGUGGGAGGCCGGGGCGGCUCGCUCGGCGUGCCUGUGGCUGGGCGCGCUGGCGGCCGUGCGCCCGGCCGCGCUGCAGCCGCACGCGCCGCUGCUCACCCAGGCCGCGCUGCGGUGUAUAGGAGGCGCCACGCCCCGCAACCAGAUCGAGCCGCUGGCGGAGCUGCUGCUGGCGCUGAACCGCGCGGCGUUCGUCGGCGGCGACCUGUCCGCGUGGCUGCGGCACGCGCUCGCCCUGCAAGACUUCCCCACCAGGCACGCCACAGAACCCAGCAAGCGCAAGUUCAUCGCGGCCGUCAUCAAGGAAAAAAGCAGCAAGCGUCGCCUACUAGAGUCCGUACAAGAGUUCAGUCUCGUGUGUCGCGGGCUGGUCGGCACGGAGUACGCGCGCCAGUCGCUCGCCGCUAAGCAGCUCGUGUCCUGAGCCGUGGCCGACCAGCGCCCGUGUCCGCUCUAAUGCUCCACGGUAACAU